UCUUAUUGCCACUGAGUUGCGCUUCUCCUCCUCAGGCUGCAGGAAGGAGCCGCCCGGCGCUUCGCACUUCCCCACGGUCCCCACCCUCCGCCUGGAUGCCCGUCGGAGCCUCUAAGCCGCCAGGCAGCAGCAGUGUCCCACUUGCAGGUGCCCGGCGGUAGCCAGGCGUGGUGCCCCGCACUCUCCCCCAACAGAGCCCGACCCCCUCCCUCCCGGGCCGGACCCCUGGCUUGGAGACAUCUUCCGGGGCUUCCAGAAGCCGCCAGGAUUUUUGUUUUGUUUUGUUUUGUUUUGCUUUUGUUUUUUUGCUGUCAGUUGGCUUUCUAGCCUCUUUGGAAAUGGCAGCGGCCGCGACGCCUGGAAAAGGAGCGAGUGUGGGAAAAGGGAGAGGAAACCGGAGCUAACUGACGGGAUGCAGGCGACUUGAGACACACACAAAAAGAAGCGUCUCUGCCACCGGGCUCCAGCUGCGGCUGCGGACCUAGCGUUCUGCCCCUAACUCCAGCCGCAGGAUUUAAGAGCUAAGAGGAGUUGUGUGCUGUGAGGGGUGGUUUUUUUCUCUCUCUCUCCUUCUACAAUCAGAAAGGAAGAUGGAUUGGGGACUUCUCCUGCACUGGGCAGCCCUCACCUUCACCCUAGCCAGGGCUUUAAGGAGCGAUAAAUGCGGUGAUAAUAUAAAAAUUGUAAACCCUGGGUACCUUACUUCUCCUGGCUAUCCUAAUUCCUAUCAUCCAAGCCAAAAAUGUGAAUGGCUGAUUCAGGCUCCUGAACCAUACCAGAGAAUUAUGAUCAACUUCAACCCUCACUUUGAUUUGGAGGACAGAGACUGCAAGUAUGAUUACGUUGAAGUGAUUGAUGGAGAUAAUGCAAAUGGCCGCGUAUGGGGAAAGUACUGUGGAAAAAUUGCUCCCGCUCCUCUGGUGUCUUCAGGACCAUUUCUCUUCAUUAAAUUUGUCUCUGAUUAUGAAACUCAUGGAGCAGGAUUUUCCAUCCGCUAUGAAGUUUUCAAAAGAGGACCUGAAUGUUCCAGAAACUUUACUUCACCAAGUGGAGUGAUAAAAUCUCCAGGAUUCCCUGAAAAAUAUCCCAAUAGCCUUGAAUGCACAUACAUUGUCUUUGCACCAAAGAUGUCAGAGAUUAUACUAGAAUUUGAAAGCUUCGAACUAGAACCUGAUUCAAAUCCUCCUGGCGGAGUGUUCUGUCGGUAUGACCGAUUGGAAAUCUGGGAUGGAUUCCCCGAGGUUGGCCCCCACAUAGGGCGUUAUUGUGGACAGAACACACCAGGCCGAGUGCGCUCUUCAACUGGAAUCCUUUCAAUGGUUUUUUAUACCGACAGUGCGAUAGCAAAAGAGGGAUUCUCAGCAAACUACAGCAUCUUACAGAACAGUGUCUCAGAAGAUUUCCAGUGCAUGGAACCACUAGGUAUGGAAUCAGGAGAAAUUCACUCUGACCAAAUCACUGUCUCCUCCCAGUAUAGCACCAACUGGUCUUCAGAAAGGUCCCGGCUAAAUUACGCUGAAAAUGGAUGGACCCCUGGAGAAGAUUCCAGUAGAGAAUGGAUACAGGUAGACCUAGGCCUUCUCCGAUUUGUCUCUAGCAUCGGGACCCAGGGAGCCAUCUCAAAGGAAACUAAGAAAAUAUAUUUUGUGAAAUCAUACCGAGUAGAUGUCAGCUCUAACGGAGAAGAUUGGAUUACACUAAAAGAGGGAAACAAACCUUUGGUAUUUCAAGGGAAUGUCAACCCCACUGAUGUUAUUCAUAGGAUUUUUCCCAAGCCAGUGUUAGCACGAUUUGUUCGGAUCAGACCUGCAAGCUGGGAAAAUGGGAUAUCGCUGAGAUUUGAAGUUUAUGGCUGUAAGAUAACAGAUUAUCCUUGCUCUGGGAUGUUGGGUAUGGUGUCUGGACUCAUUACCGACUCUCAGAUUACAGCAUCUAGUCAAGUUGACCGAAACUGGAUCCCAGAAAAUGCUCGUCUUAUAACAAGUCGUUCAGGCUGGGCACUGCCACCAACUACUCACUUGUAUACGAAGGAAUGGCUUCAAGUCGACCUCGGUGAGGAGAAAAUGGUGCGGGGCAUAAUUGUUCAGGGAGGCAAGCUCCGAGAAAACAAAGUGUUCAUGAAAAAAUUCAAGAUUGGCUACAGCAAUAAUGGAUCCGAUUGGAAAAUGAUCAUGGAUGCCAGUAAGAAGAAGAUAAAGACUUUUGAAGGCAACACCAACUAUGAUACGCCUGAGCUACGUACUUUUGAACCCAUAACAACCAGAUUAAUCCGUGUCUACCCUGAGAGAGCCACACAUGGAGGACUGGGGCUGAGAAUGGAACUACUGGGCUGUGAAUUUGAAGCACCGACAUCAGUCCCUACCACUACAGAGGGCAAUCCUGUAGAUGAGUGUGAUGAUGACCAGGCAAACUGUCACAGCGGAACAGGUGAUGACUACCAACUGACAGGUGGUACUACAGUGCUGACUACAGAAAAGCCGACAGUAAUAGACAGUACAGUACAGCCAGAGUUGCCAGCAUAUGGUUUCAACUGUGGAUUUGGUUGGGGAUCUCACAAGACUUUGUGCCACUGGGAACACGACAGCCAAGUAGAUUUAAAGUGGUCAGUGCUGACUAGCAAAACUGGGCCUAUUCAAGAUCAUACAGCAGGAGAUGGCAAUUUCAUUUACUCACAAGCUGAUGAAAACCAGAAAGGCAAGGUUGCACGGCUGCUAAGCCCUGUGAUUUACUCUCAGAACUCUGCACACUGCAUGACUUUCUGGUAUCAUAUGUCUGGGCCCCAUGUUGGCACCUUGAAGAUCAAACUGAGAUACCAGAAGCCAGAUGAAUAUGAUCAGGUUCUGUGGACACUGAGUGGACAUCAGGGGAACUGUUGGAAAGAAGGACGUGUCCUUCUUCACAAGUCUGUGAAACAUUAUCAGGUGGUUGUCGAGGGAGAAAUUGGAAAAGGACAUGGAGGAAUUGCUGUAGAUGACAUUAAUAUUGACAACCACAUAGCACAAGAGGAUUGCCAAAAAUCAACUGAUGUGGAAAAUGAAAUAGACGAAGACGACCCAGAAAUUAAUCAAACAGGGUUUACUCCUCAGAAUCGUGAGCAUGAAGACCACUACAAUGAUAAUGUCGCCAGAAAGCAAGGCAAUGUGCUGAAGACCCUAGACCCCAUUCUUAUUACUAUUAUAGCCAUGAGUGCACUUGGGGUGCUUCUAGGAGCCAUCUGUGGAGUUGUCCUGUACUGUGCCUGUUGGCACAAUGGAAUGUCAGACAGGAACUUAUCUGCACUGGAGAAUUACAAUUUUGAACUUGUGGAUGGUGUAAAAUUGAAAAAAGAUAAACUAAACACACAGAAUUCUUAUUCGGAAGCAUGAAAGUAAAAAGCAACUAAAGAAGUUUCAAGAGAAUUGGAAUGGAAGGACAUAUCGUGAUUGUGCUGGGGAACUGUCCAUCUUCUUUUACUGUAUAGGCUGAAAAGUGCGUUGAUAACGCUGAGCCAAGCUUUUCUCAGGAGCUUCAAUGAGUAUAACUGAUAAACAUGGACAACAAUCUGUGUUAACAAUCUGAAUCAUGUACAGUCUGCUUUUCCUGUUGGUUUUAUUUGGAAUAAUCUAAUGCUGGUGUUGAGACCAAGUAUGAUUGACUUAUAGUUCAUUUUGUCUUUCUUUUUCUCCUUCUCUCUUGGUUUUCUUUUAUGGAUAGUUUUAUUUUUAUUGUGCAAAAUCCGAGAUGCUGUCACAAAGUGUAUUCAGUGGGGUCCUUUUGAUGGACAUGCUGUCUGUAGCUCAGUGCCCAGAAAAUAUUGGAGUAAUGGCAAUUUAGUGGACUCCUGCACCUGUAUUUUGUGUAUAAUUGCUCGUGUUGUGCAUAGGCAAAAAAGGAUUAGGGUGUUUUUGAAAAGUACUGUAGCAUCAGUACUGAUAUAGUGUGUCAGCUCUGUUUACGAAGCAAUACGGUCAAAUUUUAUUGAUGUUUUUCAGUGUUGUACUAAACUUCGUGCUUGUGAAUUCCAUACAAGAAUAUGUGCCAUCAUCAGACACAACUGGCAACCGAGUGUACUGCCCAGAAUCUAAACAAAAAGUCCUUGGCACUGACUAGUGUAUGUCCUCUCAAGUGCCUUUUUGUUUGUACUGCUUCUCAUUGUGUUAACAUUAACUACAGCUCUGUUUCCCUCCCGUUAAAGCCCUUGUCUUUAAUCAUAUUCUGGUGGCUCAUUGACUAAAAAGAAAGUAUAUUUUAGUGUAAGAAAGUAGCCUCGGAAAGGCAAGGGCUAAUCAUAUUUGACAAAUUAGCUUGAUUGUUCUGCUUUCUGUAUUUCAAUUUCAUGUCUCUUGACCCUUUUGUAUAAAGCUGCAAUAUUCCCUUUUAUUGUUCUUUCAUAUAGAAUGUAUUUUCAAAUGUAAACUCUCUCUUUCUUUCUCUCUUUCUCUCUGAGUAGAUUGCAUAAGCAUAUGCCAUUGUAAAGGAAUGAAAACUGCAGCUUUAACUUGCUGGUAAUGGCAAAGGAUUUUAUUAGACUUUGUGUUAAAAAAAAUAAGGGAAAAUUCGUAACCCUCCAAAGUCGAACUUUGGGUUUCUUGUUAACAGCAUAAAGUGACAGUAUCUUUUUUCCUUAGUCGUGAAACAUGUAUUGUACCCAAUCCAAGAUGCCUAUUAAUAGAUAGUUACAGAUGUGAAAAUUAUUAAGAAUUUCCUUAUUGAAAGAUUGCCUCCAAAACAAGAAACAUUCCCCUCCCCUGGUUCUAUUCUCCCCUUGAAGUGUGUAUGUAUUCAUGCUAAUCAGGGUUUCUCAUGUUCUAUGACAGAAUAAGAUCCCACACUGUACAUAGAACAUGAACAUUUAGGCCAAGUUAUAUCAAAUGGUGUCCAGGCCUUUUGGCUAUUGGCUACAAGUGAAUAAGCAGCACUCUUUAUAGGGUGUACUGCUUCUUUGUACCCUCAGCUUUUUGGAUAGAUACAGCUGGUUGAAUAAUGUAAACAAAUAUUCACAAAUAAUGUGUUUGAUGAUUGAUGUGACAAAUUUGUCAAAUAAAUUGUUCAGCAAAUAAUACUCAGCCACUUAUGCAGCUGGUCCAACAAGGUAAGAAGAAAUGAGUUACUGAGGGCAAGAUUGUCACUGCCCUUUGGUAUCCAGGUAGGGGAGUAAGGGUCUGUGAGAACUAUCCCCACAGCCCUUUCAUGGCCUGGCUGAUCACCAUUGCAGAUGAAAGUGUGAAAUCAGCCUCUUGCACAAGCAAGUGUGUGGGAAGUGGGGCAAGAGGGAUGGAAGUGGGCAGAACUUUGAUACCACAUGCCCCUAAUAUACCAACCAGUGGAUUUAUUUCAACACAAAGGUUUUUGGGGGAAGUGAGUCUCAGUAAAGCACUGCAGUGAUUUGCUUCCUCCUUGGAGCAAAGUGGAACCAGGGAAAUAAUUGUGAUUUUUAGGAUGCAUAGUUCUUUCCCCGAGCUGCUUCCAUAGGACAGCUAUGCAGUAUCUCUAUGCAGGGCUAGGACUAAGUAGGCCUCAAUCUAGCCCUGAAUAAUUUAAGUGAUAAAUGUAAUCAAUAUUCAUCAGAUAAAUGGUUCCAGGUAUAUUAUUCAACCAGUCCUAAUGAUAGACCAAAAAGUCUUACAGAAAAUCCACGUGUAUCCUUGUAACAGGGCAGUGGGGAUGAGAAAGUUUAACUAUUUUACAAUAAGACAAAAUAGAAAAAAACCUAUUAGUUGCUAAUACUAUGAACUCCUUCAGGAACAUAAGAAAAAGACAGAAAACCUUCAAAAGGUAGAGACUUAGGAUGAAAUCCUGCCCUUAUUCAAAUCACUGGUAAAACUCCCAUUGAUUCCAAUGCGGCCAGGAUUUUUAUCCAUCAUGUCCAACUCAUACAGUAAUCUAACCAUAUUGGUAUCAAGGCAGCUAGUUAAUUAUCCCAAAGAAGAUUGUUUUUCAAAAUUGUUUUCACUGCACUUGUAUCACAGUAGUGCAAUUUAAUUGCAUUAGGGUCUGUUCUUCCUUAGAUAAGAAAAUGUACAUUCCAUUAACCUACAUGCAUGUAUUGCCUUAUAAAAGAAAUCCAAAUUUGGGGGGCCUGAUCCAAAGUCUUUCCAGUAAUUUCAAUGGAUUUUGGAUCAACUCCUGGUCUUGGUCUAAUCUGAAUGGAAAAACUUGUUAAGAAACAAAAAAGAAUACAUCUCCCUUGGGUAUCCAGCCCUUAUUAUCAAAAUAAGAAUAUAGCACUGAUGAUUUGAUUUCUCUGAAGGUGUUGGAAUGAAAGUUGCCCUUCAAUAAAGGAAAAAUGAUACUGCAACUUUACAUUGAAAAAGUAUCUUGCACUGAUAAAUAUAUUUAAAAAUUAUAUGUUUAUAGAGUUAUUAAUUUGUAAAGGCAGUGUUACAAAAUGUUCAGUUUAUAUUGUUUUAGAUUGUUUCAUAAUUUUAAAGUGUAAAAUAACAUAUUUUUUUUCUUUAUUGAAAAACUAUAAAAAUCUUCUGUAGUAAAAUGAUUUCAUUUUACUGGUAUAUUAUUCCUUCAUGUUUUGUACCAUCAUAAAAUUUUGUGCAAAUUUUUUUUACAGAAAUUUUUAUUUUCUAUGACAAUAUGACACUUGUAAAUUGUUGUUUCAAAUGAACAGUGAAGCCUUAACUUUAAAUGACAUUUGUAUUCUCAGUCACUGAGUAGCAUAAAAACCACAUAGAACUGAACUGUAACUUAAAAUUUCCAAACUAUGACUACUACAUUCCAAAGAAACAGUUGAAUUAAACAUUUUCAUAAAAUA